AGCUCCAUUCACUACCAUUGUCUGGGCCCGGCCUUCCAGCCAGUCCUAUUUUUACACUGUUCACAGUCACCAUUUCUGCUCUGAAUUCUGGGGUAGUAGCAACGUGUGUCACUCAGGCUGCUACAGGUUGUUUUGAAAUUGAUUUCUGAGCAUUGGACCGUUACCGGUUAGCUGGUCUGGUAAGGGACUGUGCGUAUGCUUAUAUACAGGAUACCGGCUUUCAGAAGAGGAGGAAGAACAACUGCAACAGCAAAGUGAACCACGCCUUUGGUCAGCAAAAACAUACCACAAACUUGUUAAAAUACAAUGACAUUAGGAUGAAAUUAGAAGUGGAAUAUAAAUCAAAUUUUCAUAAGGGUAUGAACCUGAGAUUAAGAAAUAUUUUCCUGAAAUAGUUGAGGUCUGUAACGGUAAUGAGCAAAAUGUUUCUGAGAGGAAAUUGAGGAAGAGGAAAAUGAGGGAGAGGAAAGAGAAUCUUUCACCAGCCCUCAUGACCUCGGAAGAUAAGCAUCAUGUUGCAUAAACAAGAACUUACAUUUUAAAAUAUGAGCUUUCAAGUACUGCAUAUCUCAUUCUGGUAACUCUUCUACAGAUGCAUGUGGUUACAGAUGUGUUAUUAUUUGUUACAAUUUUAAAAAUCUUAUGAAAAUUAUUUACCUAUUAUCAGAACCUCUCAAUUUUUUCCUCUUGUCUCAUUUUUUGGAUACCUAUUAUCCUUUUCAUCUCAACUGUUAUGAAUCUCAGACUUCUGGACAAUGGAAGUUUCUUCAUGGACUGAACUGACCUGGAUGCUCAAGAAUCACAACAGCACAGCCGGAACUCCAUGCAUGACGGGACCCUGUAAUGGGACGUUGUCCCCACAGCCAUCAACCCCUCAGUUUUCCUUGGGCGUGUCAGUGCUCCUGGCUCUGCUCAUGGUGCUGCUGGCUAUGGUCACGAUCCUCGGAAAUGUCCUGGUGAUCCUGGCUUUCAUCUUGGACAGAAAUCUCAGGCAUCGGAGUAACUAUUUCUUUCUCAACCUUGCCAUUUCUGACUUUGCAGUGGGUGUCUUCUGCAUGCCACUAUACAUCCCCUAUGCCCUGACAGGGACCUGGCACCUGGGAAAAGGGCUAUGCAAGCUCUGGCUGCUUAUGGACUAUCUUUUGUGUUCUGCUUCAGUGUUUAACAUUGUCCUUAUCAGCUAUGACCGUUUCGUGUCAGUUACAAAAGCGGUAUCUUACAGAGCCCAGCAGGGAAUGAUGUCCAACCCUGUUGUCAAGAUGGUGGCCAUCUGGAUUCUUGCCUUCCUGCUCUACUCUCCAGCAGUUCUCCUUUGGGAGUACAUGUCCGGUUGCAGCGUGGUAGGGGAGGGGCAGUGCUAUGCCGAGUUCUUCAACAACUGGUACUUCCUCCUGUGUGCGUCCACCCUGGAGUUCUUUGUGCCCCUGAUCUCAGUUACUUACUUCAACGUGAGCAUCUUCCACAACAUCCAGAGACGCCAGCGGCGCGGCAGCAUUCAAUACAGCGAGUCUCCAGGGAGCAGCAGUGUGUCCUGGAGGUUUUGUUUUUUGCUGAGGCGAGGAUCCUCUUUGUCAGAAAUGGAGGACAGUGUUUCAUCAGUAAUGAGGUCAUCAAGACCAUCACUGGCAUCUAACUGUACAUCUCCAAUAACAACGAGUCCUAUGGCUGUCAAAAGGGACUUCUCUGCAUCUUUCCGUGCAAAUUCUCGGUCAAGACUGCAAAGAGACAAGAAGAUUGCAAAGUCUCUUGCCAUAAUUGUGUGUGUCUUUGCCAUUUGCUGGGCCCCAUAUACAUUACUAAUGAUUAUUCGUGGAGCCUGCCAAGGAAAAUGUGUCCAUCCAAUCCUGUAUGAAAUUACCUUUUGGCUUUUGUGGAUCAAUUCCUCUCUGAACCCAUUUCUUUACCCACUCUGUCAUAUGAGAUUUCGAAUGGCUUUUAUGAAAAUAUUAUGUCCCCAAAAGUUGGCAGCGUUGAGAUCAAAUGAUACACCUUCUGUUUAGAGCAUUAAAGUAAAAGAGUCAGAAGUAACAUUUGUCUCUUACUGCCUUUUUUUCACAUUUCUUCAAUAGAAUUAGAGAAAAACAUUUAUUUGAUAAUUAGUUAAGAAUAGGCAGAGGCAUGUACUUGUUCUUAUUUUGCUGAUUUUCAGAAUUUUUUUUGUUUAUGCUGGCUCAUUCAAGAUUAAACACUGUCUGGAAUGAAAUUAAUAACAAAGUUUUACAGGAUGCUCUUCUUGACUUAUGGGCUUGAAGUGCAUCUUUUUGGUAUUAUGGAAGAACUCUUCUGUAGAUAUCUCUGUAUAUGUUCAUUGGAGAGGGUAUACCUCUUUUUGUAUGUGCUGAGUUAAAAUUUUAUGUACAAUUUGUAGUCCUCAAGAUAUCAUGGGAGAAAGAUGUGCUACAGUUUUGAAAUGUCCUGUAAAACCCACACAGGAGCAGUAACAUUUCCUUUUAAAAAGUGUUAUGAAGGCAACAUAGUGCUCUGUAGUCACUAUGAUUACAGUGACGAGUAUUAUUCAAUUGUACAGACUGCCUAAUCCAACAUCUCUUUCCUUUUAAUUAUAAUGUGGUCCCUUCUUGGUGCUGUAGGACACAAUUAGUGUGCGUUAGUAACUGAGUCAUUUUUAGAAAACAGAUGUUUCCAUGGUAAUGAAAUUUUGAGACUGUUUAUCAAAAUAAUCACAGACAUAAACAGUUGUUCUCUUUACCAGUCCUAAAUUUUCUCCUGGUAGUGGCUGCCUCUUUGGUUGUGCUUAAAUCAUCUUCAGUGCCAGAUUCAUGCACUCUUUGAUUACUUAGAAGAUAGGCCAAGCUUUGGCAUGUGAUCACAUUCCUGUUGAAUGAGCAGAGCAAGUAGUACAAAGUUCAUGCUGCAUUUGAGUUUUUUGGCUGUCUCUGUGAGAACAGACAACACCCUCCUGUGUGUAAAGCUUUGCAAGUGCAAAGAUAUUCCAUCUAAAUGGCUGGAACAAAUUCAAGCUGGCAGAGUGAUGUUUAAACUAAAUCAUUUCUUUGUGCCAUAUCACAGCCUUUGCUGUGAUAUUUUGUGUAUUUUCUCUGCCACUGAACCAGCAUCAAGCUGGGUUUUUUCUAUAACUGAGCAGAGGCCAUAUUCACUUCUUGAGAAAGAGGUUCACUAAAGUCUGUCUGAAAGCUGAUAGACAGGUGUCUUAAAUAGCUAUUAAUAAAACGGGAGUGAAUAUGCAGUGCUAAAAAGACUGAGUAAUGCAAUGGAGCCUGAUUAUAAUCCAUUCCAGAUGUCAGAUUUUCUUACCUUUUGUUGAGUGUUGCAAGUUUUCCUGAAGGUUUUUAUGGAUGGAUGAGUGUUAUUGUUUGUAUUUGUUUCCUCUAUUUUAAUGUAUAUAUGCACAUUACAGAAUCAUAGAAUGGCUUGGGUU